AAACUUUUGUAUUAGAAAUGAAUAAAAUAAUGAUAAUGUUUCGGUAAUCUUAAGGACUUAAACGUUUAAAAUACAUGAAAAUAAGUGAAAUUCUCGGAUGUCAACUCCCAUAAAAACGGCACACAAAUGUGUGAAGUUCCAGCCGUUGCAACUUCGAUGUGAAUGGAAUGGUUGUCAAGUUAUUCUCGCUGAUCUAAGCCAGUUUUACGAACACUUGAGCAACCAUUUUUAUGCAUUAACCCCAGAAAAUAGUCUUUCCUGCAAAUGGGACAAUUGCACAUUCGUUUGUCAGAAUGGUGUCGAUUUGUUUAGACAUUUAAAUUUCCAUGGAUACCACACCAAAAUAAAAUGGUGGGGUUUAUUAUGCCAUCAAGAAAUCCAGCUUGGUGAAUGCCAUAAUCCUAAUAAUCGUAACAUGAUUCCUGAGUUACCUCACAGCUUCAAAUGCCAGUGGAGUGAUUGCUCGAUGGUUUUUGAAAAUGCUGAUCAAUUUUUUAUACAUGUUUAUGACCACGCAGUAUUAUCUGAAAAAGAAGUUCUCGAAAAUGGAAAAAUUGUUUUUUCCUGUCACUGGACAGGGUGUAAGUAUUAUUAUGAUACACAAGGUAAAACAUCAGCUUGUGUAGCAAGAUCAAAGCUGAAAGAUCAUACGCGAUCACACACAAAAGAGAAAUGUUAUGCCUGUCCAUGGUGCGGGAACUUAUACGUUAAUAAAACUAAAUUUACCGACCAUUUUGAUCGACAAGCUGCAGAAGAAACACAUUCUUUCCAAUGCACUCAUUGUUCAAGGACAUUUUUAACUGAGAGGAUAUUAAAAGAUCAUAUGCGCCAACAUGUAAAUCACUACAAAUGUCCUAAAUGUGAAAUGACGUGUCCUAACCCAUCAUCAUUAAAACACCAUAUUAGAUACAAACAUUCUGAUGAAAGACCGUAUGCCUGCUCAUACUGCCCCUACAAGUCAAAGGAACCUUAUGAUCUUCAAGUUCAUGCCACGUUUCAUCGAAAUGAUUUACUUUAUAAAUGCCACGUUAAAGAUUGUGAUUACGUCGUUCGUUCUCUGCAAAAUCUGAGAUAUCAUUAUCGAACAAAACAUACG